AUGUAUAACUUUCAAUUCCUUGCUGAAGAUGCUCAAGCGAAUACCGAGAAGCUGCAGUCCCAACUAAGCCAAUUAAAUAAUAAAUACUCAUAUUCACUUGAUCAGAUUAACAAUCUUUCCCAUGAGAAUAACCAGCUUACUCAAAAAAUUGAGUUUUUUAAUGAUCAAAUAUCCUAUUUUUCUAAAUUAUCACACGAUGCUGAUUUAUUACAUCAAACUUUAUCAGAAGAAAACCAUACUUUUUCUAGAGAGAAGCUAUCUUUUUCAAAGAAAGAAGCAAUGUUUUCACAUCAGUAUUCAAUUCUUCAUGAAAUAAAUGAAAAUCAAGCGCGAACUCUUCGCGUACUGAAGGAACAAUACGAGACUUCGCUUAAAUAUUUAAGCUCCCAAAAUGAGAAACUUGUUCAAAAUAAUAUAAGUCUUUCUGUGAAGAAGAAUCAGUUUCAAGAACAAUAUAGUCAAUUAAAGAAUUCCCAUGAUGUUAUUAAGAAAAAGAAUAAAUCUCUUUCUUCUGAAGAAAAGAAGAUUCGAUCUCGCCUCAGUGGUUCAGUUGGUGAUGGAUUUGAUAAGUCUAUGGAAAGUAUGAAGGACAAUACCCUUGCUCUUUCUAAAUUCUUCCAAGAUUCUGAAAGAUCGCACCAGUCUGUUGUUACUCAAUUGAAGUCUGAAUUAUCCAAGGUUCGCAAAGAAUGUGCGAAUUUGGAAAUAUCUCGUGAUUAUCUUAAGCUCUCUCUUUCUGCUUCUCGAAGCAGAGCACGGAUAAGGUUCGCAUACCAGAAGAAUUUUUUAGAGAUAAAUGCUAGAAAUCUUGAAAGAGUUGCUAUUCGCAAGGGUCAUUCUAGUGCCCAAUCUGUUAUUGACGGAAUUCUUGUAAGCAAUUCUCUCCCAGCAGUAAAACUCCCCGUAUGCAACGUGAGUGCAGAUGAAGAAUAUCCUGAACCAGAUAGUGAUUAUGACUUUUUAAGUGAUGAUAAAAAGGAUGAAGAUGAAGAAGAAAAUCAGCAAGAUGAAGAGAAGCCUGCUAAUGAGGCCAAUGCGGAGAUUGAAAAUCAGCAAGAAGAAGAGAAGUCUGCUGAUGAGGUCAUUAUUGAGAUUGAAAAUCCUGGACCCAGUACUAAGAUUUGA